AUGUUUUCUUUUUUUUAUUCUGCCUUUUUAACACUUAUUUCCUUACAUCUUUUUUCUCUCGUCCAUUCCUACACUAUUUCGUUCUUUCUUUCGUUUAUUCAGUUCAUUCUCAUUCUGUAUAUUCCUUUCUUUCUUUCUUUCUUUCUUUCUUUCCUUCCUUUUCCUUUCAUUUUUCUUUCUUUCUCCUUUUCCUUUCAUUGUUUUUUUUUACUUCUGUUUUUUCUUUAUACUAAUUCGUUCUUUUUUCACUUCUUUUUUUUAUCUUUCUUCUCUUUUUUGGGGGGUGGGGUCAUUCUCCUCUCUCUUCCUUUGUUUCUAAAAUUCAUUCUUUUUUGUUUACUUCACACGUUUUUCUUUCUUUCGACCUCUCUUAUUUUCUUACUUGUCUCUGAUUUUUUUCUCUGUCUCUUUUUCGUAUUUGUAUACUCCACUAUUUUUCUUUCUUUUUGUCAUUCUCCCUUUUCCUCUACUUUCUUUUACUCUCUCUUUUUCCCUAACAAAUCCCAAUAUUUCCUCUUUUUCAUAACUCAAUCGGUAAAGGUUUUCUUCAUCUCACCCUCACUACCCCACGACUAA